AUGAUAUAUGAUCAUAUCUUUGAAUUCUUCAUAUCUAUCUAUCUAUCUAUCUAUCUAUCUAUCUAUCUAUCUCAGUCUGUUCAUAUCUAUCUAUCUCAGUCUGUUUAUGUCUAUCUAUCCCAUUCUGUUCAUAUCUAUCUAUCUAUCUAUCUAUCUAUCUAUCUAUCUAUCUAUCUAUCUCAGUCUGUUUAUAUCUAUCUAUCCCAUUCUGUUCAUAUCUAUCUAUCUAUCUAUCUAUCUAUCUAUCUAUCUAUCUAUCUAUCUAUCUCAGUCUGUUUAUAUCUAUCUAUCCCAUUCUGUUCAUAUCUAUCUAUCUAUCCAAAAUUAUCUAUUUAUGCCUAUUCAUAUCUAUCUAUUUAUUUAUCUAUUUAUGUUCAUAUAUAUUUGAAUUGUUUAUAUCUAUGUUCAUAUUUGAAUUGGUUCAUAUCUAUUUAUCUAUCUAUCUCGCAUAUCUAUCUAUCUCAGUCUGUUUAUAUCUAUCUAUCUAUCUAUCUAUCUAUCUAUCUAUCUAUCUAUCUGUGCCUCCAAAUAUUUUUAUCGGCACAGAUAACCUUGUUUUCGAAAGACUGUGGCAAUGCUUGCAAGCUCUGUUUCUAUAUAUCUAUCUAUCUAUCUAUCUCAUACAACUAUCUAUCUCAGUCUGUUUAUAUCUAUCUAUCUAUCUAUCUAUCUAUCUAUCUAUCUAUCUAUCUAUCUAUCUAUCUCAGUCUGUUUAUAUCUAUCUAUCUAUCUAUCUAUCUAUCUAUGCCAUAA